UUCUGCUCUCUCUCUUUCUCCAUACACUCACACCCACAAACUGGCGCGCGCGCAACUGACCCAAAGGCAGAAUCAUUUGCAACAGGCGCGCGCGCCACGCGGACAUCCAGCUCCUAAACACAGCAGCUGUUCUCUCGCGCACAGUGGCGCCGGUUUACGGGCGGUUCCUCCAAAAACAACCGAGAGAGAGAGAGAGAGCGCGAGCGAGCCUGACCGCCAGCAUGGCCGCGUCUCAGAGCGGCUCCAACCUCACGCGCAACCUCACCAACCAGUUCGUGCAGCCUCCGUGGCGCGUGGCGCUCUGGUCCGUCGCCUACAGCUCGAUCCUGGCCGUGGCCGUGUUCGGCAACCUGGUGGUCAUGUGGAUCAUCCUGGCGCACAAGCGGAUGCGCACGGUCACCAACUACUUCUUGCUGAACCUGGCCUUCUCGGACGCGUCCAUGGCCGCCUUCAACACGCUGGUCAACUUCGUGUACGCCACGCACGGAGAGUGGUACUUCGGGGAGGCGUACUGCAAGUUCCACAACUUCUUCCCCGUCACCGCCGUGUUCGCCAGCAUCUACUCCAUGACCGCCAUAGCGGUGGACAGGUACAUGGCCAUUAUUCACCCCCUGAAGCCCAGGCUGUCGGCCACGGCCACCAAAGUGGUGAUCGCGUGUAUCUGGUGUUUGGCGGUGGUUCUGGCGUUCCCCCUCUGCUUCUACUCCACCACCAGGACACUGCCUCGCAGAACCAUCUGCUACGUGGCCUGGCCAAGACCGGCGGAGGAUUCGUUUAUGUACCAUAUCAUCGUGACGGUGCUGGUGUACUUGCUGCCCCUAGUGGUGAUGGGGAUCACCUACACCAUAGUUGGGGUGACACUGUGGGGAAGCGAAAUCCCUGGAGACUCAUCAGACAACUACCACGGCCAGCUACGUGCCAAGAGGAAGGUGGUAAAGAUGAUGAUUGUAGUAGUGGUGACCUUUGCUCUCUGCUGGCUGCCUUAUCACGUGUACUUCAUUGUGACUGGCCUGAAUAAGCGAUUAAACAGGCUGAAAUCCAUCCAGCAAGUUUAUCUAGCAGUGCUUUGGUUGGCCAUGAGCUCCACCAUGUACAACCCCAUCAUCUACUGCUGUCUCAAUGGCAGGUUCAGAGCAGGCUUCAAAAGAGCCUUCCGGUGGUGUCCUUUCAUCCAUGUAUCGAGCUAUGACGAGCUGGAGCUGCGCGCCACCCGCCUCAACCCCCGCAACCAGAGCAGCAUGUGCACGCUGUCCCGCAUCGACACCAGCGUCCAUGGAGACGAUACCCGCCAGGGCAACCGGAAAAGCACCAAGUCCCAAAACCAACAUGAGGUCAAUGGUGCUAAAGAGAACCCACCACCUACGACCAGAAAUGGCCACUACAGCGAGCCCACCUUUGCUUCUGAUCAGCUUAACUGAGGGCACGAAAAAAUGUGGUCACUUUUAUGUGAGGUUAGCCGGUUGUUUGGUAUGUUAGGUCUUUCCUUAAUGGGCCCACAUCAUGGGAAAUCUAAAUUUUCUCAUGAGACUUCAAUGGAAUAUGUUAACAUUUCCAAAUAUGCACUCUUAAAAAUGCUACAAAGGGUUCUCUAAACAAUGCCAUAGAAGAACCACUUUUGGGCACCUAAAGAACCAUAUUUGAAAAAGUGAGGAUGACGAACCUUUUAAUGGUUUAAAGAACCUCUUCUUAACCUAGUCUUAACUUAUAUAACGGUGUACAUUUAUUCUUCCCUCAAAAUAACUCAAUAUACAGCCAUUAAUGUCUAAAC